AUGCAACCAUUGAAUCCGUUCUUGCACGCCCUCUUCCGCAGCACGGUCCCAGGGCAGGCCAUCCCUAUUCACAACCAUGUAUUGCUUGUGCCAACAACAGAUGCACUCAUCAACGCGAGGGACCGAGAAUCGGACAGAUCAUACACGGAACUGGUACGAGAUGACGAGUUUCUGGCCAGCCAUAUCUUGCGGGUUGGGCCGGGCAGCGGAUUUAACGGAAAAGAUGUCAACAAUAUACGUGAAAAUCGAGGGAAGGCGAGGUCAUACACAACCGUCAAUGGGCGUACGGUGAUAAUCAAAGAAAACAUGUUGUAUAGCAAUAAAGGUUUUAGAACUCUGACUCAAGCUCAACUCUUGUCAGACGUGAUGUAUUUCUCCUCUCAGGACGCUCAGAGCUGGCUCAUUUACUACAUAUCAAGGCCGUUAGUAGGAACGUUCGAGACCAGGUCCAUUGUGCCAGCUACUAUUUCGCGAAAGGCAUUGAGGGAUAAGCCCGCCCAAGAGAAUACAUCUCUGGAUGAUCUUAUAUCGAAGAAAAAGAAGAUCAAAUCAUUUUCCGAAUUACUGAAUAAUUUCCCCAUGAUCGCAAAGCAAAUGCAACCAGGCUUAGAACGACUGUUCAGUGAAUUUGGCAAAGAACUCGGUAAACCGUUGCCGCCUCCUCCAUUGGACUCAUCUGCAAUAAGUCACCAUAGCGAUGACGAGGGAGGAAGUCUGCAGCCAAAUGGCUCAAUCCCUCGCAAGAAAGCAAAAGAUCAUCCUAAGUUACCGUUCAACUCUACCAAAUUCUGCGAUGAUGAGGAGGAUCUUAUGAGGCGUGCUUUGGAAACAGCCGUGACUGCUGCGAUUGACCUGUUUCAGAUGGUGGAUAAACAACAGCUCUCCCUACUUGGUGCCACUACCGAGCUUACUGGUCCGAUAGUCGAGCGACUCAUCGAGCGAUAUGUCGCCGAGCAAGUACACGACAACUUGCUCUUUCCUCGACUCUCCAGCUUUCAUCUUGCUGAAGAUCAAGAGCUCGAGCGCAAGAUCCGACAGAUGGAGAACAUCGAUGUUUCACAAGUAGGAAUUGCAAUUGAGGGUGGAAAACCCUGUAAAGAGAAUCUCCUUCGCAGAUUGAACAAAGGCAUCGAAGCUUUCCGGAAGCUGGGUGUGGCUUGCAGCCCUCAAGAAAUGCUCGAAGUUCUGCUAGAUACAGAAAAGGCGGUCACAGAUGAGGGCAGUCCAGAUACCACAAUAUCGAACGACGAGUCCGAGAAGAAAGGCUCCAUGAUGACCAUCAAUGCUGAUAUUCUGGUAUCUCUGCUUUUGGUUGUGGUUAUUCGCUCCCAGGUACGGCACUUGCACGCACGACUGUCCUAUAUGCAAAGAUUUAUUUAUGUCGAUGAUGUCGAGAGCGGCGAGGUUGGCUACGCUCUCAGCACAUUCGAGGCUGUGCUGUCUUAUUUAACGAAGGACGCCGGUGGUCUGAGAAAGGCUAGCAUGCGCAAUAGAAGAUUGUGGAAUGCAACAAAAGCAGGCAAUUUGAGCGAAAUGAAGGCUAUUCUGGAACUUGAUAACACGAGCAUGGAUGAGAGGCUAGUAGACGAGGCACAGGAGCUAUCAGAUGCUGUUAGGGCGCAGGGAGUGAACGGCGGAGCUGAAGACCUGGUUCAAGAUUUUGCUAUGUCCCGAAGCCGAUCAUCAUCUGGCGCCUCAACAAGAGCCUCUGCUUCACUAGGCUCGAAUCUCUCCCAUGUGUUUCCAUUUCAGGCCUCGUCUGUUGACACUUCUGUUUCACCCCCAUCGAAGAAAGGCAAAAGGGUAUCCUUGGACAUUCGUAGCCUCUCCGUCUCCUCUGCGAUUUCCUUUCGAUCUCGCACGACGGUGGGAUCCAUCGCAAGUGGUAUGGAGGGAGAUACUUCAAUUGAAAGCCUUUCGAGGACUCAAGAUCCAACGGGGAACUCUAUUCCAAUGAUGGCGGUAGAGGCACGUCAGCCAGAAUCACUACGAUAUCUUCUGUCACUUGAGGAAUAUUACUCUCCUCAAAUGAUACUAGAUGAUACUACCAGCGAGGGUGCAACGCUUCUCAGCGCGGCUAUACAAUUGGCGCAUACCGAGCUCAUCGAUAUCAUCCUUGAAUAUGUCUUCAGAGAGCGAGAAGAACAGACGAUUGUCGAAUAUAUUGCCAAAGCAGACACAAGAGGUCGGACUGCCGCUCACUAUCUGUUCAAUGCGCCCCAGCUCUUGUCUAGGCUGCACAGCAAAUUGCCGUGGAAAAAGAAAGAUCGUAUAGGGCAGACACCUCUGUUCGCACUUUGCAGAUCAUACGAUCAUCCAGAUUAUGGCGAGAUGGUUUCUGAAGCACUGGCUGUGGCAACCGAGGCUCAAGCAGACGGGCUGCCCCUGCGCCUUUCGGAUCACACUGAUAACAAAGGCAAUACGCUGUUGCACAUCGUCAAGGACCCUACUAUCAUCCAUCACAUCCUACACCAUUGCGACGUUGAUCCAAAUGCAACGAACGAUAAAAAGUUCACUCCUCUAAUGCUAGCAAGCAAGUAUGGCCGAGUCGACAUGGUACGUGUCUUCUUUGCCGACCCAAGAGUGGAUCUGAACCUCAAAGAGCUACGAGGUCUGACCGCCGUCGAGUUGGCCAAGGACGAUGAGGUUCGUAAUAAAAUCGACGACCUAACCUUGUUCUCUGGCUCUUCGGUACGUCCGAGUUCCAAGACCCGCAGUCGUAUCACAACAGUCGUCCGCUCCUUCUUUGUGGAAGACGGCACAACGCGCUUCAUACUCAAAUCCGGUGCCCCCAGUGACACUUCCGACCCGGAUGGCACAACAUUCACCAUUACCACCAGCCGUCGGACUCUCACCGACUUCGAAAACCUUGCCAAAUGGCUUGCCCUUGAACAUCCGGCCUCAUAUCUACCGAGCAUCUCGUCCUUCCGUAGUCCCUUCCAAAUUAUCUCCAAACCUAGCCGGGCAGUUCUACAUGAUAUACAAGUCAGCCUGGACCGUUUCCUCAAGAUCCUUCUGGCCCAUCCAACCUUCAGCACCCAUGAAAUGUUGUGGGAAUUCUUUCUUGUUCCCGACAUGCAAUCCGAACAAAUGGCUCAACGAGCCAAGCUGAAAGCGGAGCUUCUCAGAGAAACAAUCCAAGAUGAGUACGAGCCGGUCUCAGAUGUGCAAGAUGUGGAGCAGAACAUCGCUCACAGCCAGCGCAUGAUCCAGAGCGUAGCGUCACGGACCCGUCUACUCAUUCGUCGUGGUCAUGCCCUGCUGCACUGCCAAAAUGACCUCACCGAUGCGCUGAGCAUGUCUGCUGCGGCCUUAUCAACCCUAGGUCCGCCAGCAGACACUCUCCCAGAGCCGUAUGUGGCUGCUUUGGGGCGCUAUGCUGGCCUCAUGACGACACCCAGUGAUUCUUCGCCGCUGAAGAGCUUCAUCGAAUCCAUUACCGGCUUCAACAGCACCAUCCAAGCUCUACAGACAUCGUUCAUGCGCCCAAUCGCUCUCGUCUCACAACUUACUUCAUCUAUGCAUUCAAUAGCACGCCACAAAAGCAACUUGACAAGUCAAUCUCUGCCAAGGAAGUUCAAUUUCCCAGGCAUGGAGGAGAGCAGAUACAGGACAGUGAAGAACACAGAGAAUAAGAUUGCCCAGAGCGAGAAAGAUGUGGAGAGAAUCUCUCGUGAGCUGCGAUGGACCACUGAAGUCGUUGUGGGCGAACUAGCUGGAUGGACGGCUUGGAGAGAAGAAGUGAGCCAAGAUGCCAUCAGGCGUUUUGUUCGAGGCAUGGUGGUCAAGGAGAAGGAAAGGGGCAAGGGCCUGGAGCGAUGUCUGAGGGCAUUGAGGGAUGCGAAGAAGGACCAGGCUCCAUGA